AACAUUUACAAACCAGUUAGCUGUCAAAAGUUCGCAAUGGCUUAUUUACUUUUAACCGCUUUGGCAAUUUUCGCCACUUUCUACUUGGCACAAACAGCUGAGGAUGUCACCGAUGCUCCUCUCAUCAAGAGUAGACUGUCUAACAGUUUGUCUUAUUCACCCAACUACCCGAGUAGUUGCGCGGAGGCGCUGACUGGCUCAGCACAGAGUGGCAUUUAUCAAUUAUAUUUACCCGAGUGGCUGGCACGCCCAUUCUACGUGUAUUGCUUGAAAGAUCCUAACGGUGGUGAUGCCUGGACGGUGAUCCAACGGCGGCAGAGCGAGCUGGUGGAGUUCUAUCGCAAUUGGCAUGAUUAUCAGACCGGUUUUGGUAAUUUAGAUGGCAAUUUCUUUAUCGGCUUGAAUAAGUUGCAUGCAUUGACACAAGUGCGACUACAAGAAUUAUGGAUUGAAUUGAUGGACUAUACGGGCACUACAGUCUAUGCGAAAUACGAAAGCUUUGCUGUGGGCAAUGAAGAGGAGAAGUAUGCCCUGAACAUGCUUGGGAAAUUUUCAGGUACAGCUGGCGAGUCAUUAAAGGGCUUUCAUGAUGGUCAAAAGUUUAGCACCUAUGAUCAGGAUAACGAUGAGUAUAAGGACAAUUGUGCGGAGAUUUGGAAGGGGGCUUGGUGGUACAAGGAUUGCUGGUGGAGUAAUUUAAACGGCAAGUACAACAAUACGCUAUUCUGGAAUGGACGUUAUCCAAAUGCCAUGAAGUAUACGCUAUUAGCGAUAAGACCGAGGAAGUAAACUUGUAUUGAAACAAGUGGAUUUUGUUAUGGAAAGUUCAGAAACUUGUUAUAAUUGUUCAUAUAAAAAUAUAUAAUUUUUGAUAAUGAAGAA